AUGGUCUCCACGCGACAUCAUCCCCGCGAGUUUCCCUCGCCUGAAAGCGCCACGGCUAAACCGCUGAUCAAGUCGCCCGUCAAAGCGCCCGCGACCACCCCAAGUGGCACCGCGCGCAAAUGGGUGCACACCCCAUCCGCCGCCGUGACCAUCUGGCUGGCGGUCUCCGUGCCGCUGGUCAUCUGGGACGCGGGCUAUGUGCUGUUGCGCCCGCAUAGUAUGCCCGGGGGUCGGCUGCAUUCGCCCAUCUGGACCCCCUACGCGCUGUACGGCACCAUCGACUACAUCUACGGCUGGCCCGCCUUCAACGCGCGCAAUGGCUUCACCGCCGCGCAGACAGCCCUCAAUAUUGUCGAGACCCUCGGAUACAUCUACUACCUGUGGGUCGUCUACGUGCAUGGCUCCGCGGUCGUCAGUCGCCGGCAGAGCAAGAUCACCAAGGGCUUUCGCUGGCUGUUGACGGGCGACAAGGUGGUCGCCGGCCAUACCGGCGCCAUCGCGCUCCUGGUCGCGUACACGGCGUCCGUCAUGACCGUCAGCAAGACCAUUCUCUACUGGCUGAAUGAGGUCUUCUCGGGCUUUGACAACAUUGGACAUAACGACGGGCUCACUCUGAUCUUCAUGUGGAUCAUUCCCAAUGGUCUGUGGAUCGUCUUCCCAACUUACAAUAUAUACGUGCUCGGAGCGGAGAUCCUCAAUUCGCUAGAACUCGCGACGCCCCGCGGCCGACCGGGCCGCCCCAAGGCUUCGUGA